UAUACAUCAAAGCUCUGUCUCCCAAGCACUGGGAUCAACUUUUUACCGUCUAUCCUGACAUGAUGAAGCAUAAUACCCUAUCAAAACUCUCCUAAUUACAUGGAAUCAUAUGCUUGGAAGCUGUGGGGAACCGCGGCACUUGACAACAUCUCGAACUCCCGACCGGCUAUCUCUUACUCACCGCCUGCUGUAUAAAGAUACACUACAUGUUGAACUUAACCAAGAUCCUUAUCUUGUGCUGUUGAUUCACUGUCACGACCAUCAGUGUCUAUACCACAGAAUUACCGAAUUCUAGCACUCGAACCGGUCGGAGCCUGGUAUACACAGUGUGCUCCUGAGAUGUGAAACCUAAUCAGGAAUUGUCAAGUUCUUUGGGCAAUCGAACGAUGACUUCGCAGCUGUCAUGUCUUGAAAACUUGCCGAACGAAAUCCUGGAUGAGAUUGUGAGCUAUCUUCCAGUGGCUACUCCCUCCGAAUACAACUUUCAUCAUACACCAGCAAUAUACUUCACAGCUUCCAGUACGCAGCAGAACUUGAAGAAUGCCGCACAAGUAUCUUCACGGCUGCUCGAGCUCGUGCGAUCAAGACUCUACGCGCAUUCUCGAUUCUAUCUCGAUGAUCUCUAUGACUUUCUCAAUUUCGUCACAUCGCACAGACUAGAACGCUAUAUUACCUCGCUUGUUGUGCUACUUGGGAAUGAUCCACCCCGCGACUUGGACAUUAACCGGUUGCUCCGACAUUUGUCCAACCUCAACCCAUUGCGGAUCACUGUUCUUGCACCACCUUCGCGGAUUGGGGCCAUGUUGAACACCAAGGCUCCGGAGGAGCAUAAUUGGGCGUUUCAAAUUACUCACCAGUUGUGUCAGUGGGAGCGAAGUGCCCUGCCUGAAUCCCCGGUCUUCACGACUAACCCGUCAUCCAAUCCGUUGGAUAUCAUGGCCUAUUCAUCACUCAGAUUCAAUGAGGGCUCCUCGCUCAGAGCGUACGCACAUUAUGAGUACUUCUUGUUCGAGGUUCCGUCAGUGCUUGGUAAAUGGGGUACAAUAGCCUCCAUGGGCAGCGAUGAGGAGAAACUUUCCAUAUCGCGCAGGCUCCGGCAUCUGACUUCAUUCAGCUACACCGCUAUAUUCCCCUUCUAUAAUCAUGUGAAAUUGGUCUUGGAUGCCCUGGAGCUGAUGAUGAACUUGCAAUCAUUCACCGUACAACUGGCCCCAUGCUCAGAAGACUCGGCCAUUGACCUGGCAAACAGAGGUCCCAUCGAUCCCAACGAUCCAUGGAUGGAGCUGGCUACGGGGUACGAUAUCAUCGCUCAUUCCAUCAUCGAGCUGGGACGUAGCGCUUCGCUUGUUCAUUUCCGCACCCUUGACUACCAAAACGAUGCACUUCGUGUUGAACUCAGCCAAUCGUUAGGCGCAAAGUUCAAAGAUACCGAAUGGGAGACGAAUGGCCAUGGGGAAUGGACCAAAACAGCAUCGAAUGGAGGAAUCAAGAACCAGUCCUCGAACACUGGUGCAUGAUAGCCUGAUCAUGGACUUUCCCACAACGCAAAAUUGCAAUUGAACCAUUUGCGAAGUUUCAUUCGCGAAGAAAAGCCUUUCGUCAUUUCUAGCACCAUAAUAGAUAAACCCCCAGCUUAAUCCUAUACAAUUUGGGUUGACAUUCACACUUCAUCACCCUUUCAUACCAUUGGUGUACUUUUUGGUCCGAGCCUGUCUGUUUUUGCCGCACCCCUACAUCCUUGCAACUCCCAUCAUUUUUUUAGAGUAGACCUCAUGCCGAUCUUCCAUUCCGGCAUUGUCUUGUCUCUAACGCUGUUCAAGAGUGUCUGGAGUACUGGAGCAUGCUCCUGAGCAGAAUUUGAUGCCUUACAUACCAGGCUUCAACACGUGCCGCAAUCUAAUCUGGACCCAUUCUUCGAUUCCACUCUCAUACACACACUAAUACCG